AUGUCUAAUGUUUGUGAUGGAUUUAUUCAAAUUUUUGAUAUUGGAGAUAGUUCUUUUAUUGCAUUUGAAGAUUCCGAACAAAUACUUCAAAAAUAUAGAUUAAUUUGUUCAUCGUUUUAUCAUUCAAAGUGUGCAGAAGACAGCAAUGUUUUGCCUUUUUUGCCGGUUAUUUUGUUUUCAGAACAAGUGCAGGUUUUGGUUGAAAAUGGGUUUGCUCAGAUUUGUCGUGUCAAUAAUUCAAUUGAAGGUAUUGAAUCAUUUUCAGACAUUAAUGGCAAAUUAGAUAAAUCUGGACCGAAUAAUGAAAAAGAAGGGGAAAAUCUGCUUUCUUUGGCACAAAAAAUUUUAAUUGGUCGUAAUUUAAAGAAAAGAAAGAGAGCUUUAUUUGGAGCAGAUGCGCCUUCUAAUCUUCUCAAAAUUCGAAAAAUAGAUCAUUUAAAUGAAAAUAAUAAUAAUGAAAAAGCAGCAAAUUCUGAUGAAAUUGAGAGCUGUGAAAAUGAAGAAUUACAAUUAAUUAUUAAUGAACUUCGUUUACGAAAUGUGGAGAAAGAAAUGAAUUCAAAAAGAAAUUUAAAUUCUUAUGGUUUUUAUCUUCUAAGCGGUGCAAAAUUUGGUUGUGAUUAUUUAGCUUAUGAAAAACCUCCUGGCGAACAACAUUCUCUUUUUAUGAUUAUUUGUAGCGAUAUAAAUAAAUCAUUAAAUUUAUAUAAUUUAAUUGCUACUUCACGUGUUAGUACACAAGUAAAAAAGAAAAUUCUGUUGGCUGUAGUAAGUCCCGGAACUCUUUUACCUUAUUAUUUAGAAAUGAAUUGGUGGAAAGGAGAUGGAAAUCUUAUGCUAUUCUUUUCAUUCUUCAAAUCGUUGGUUGGCCGAGAAGUUAUUAUUGAAUUGAAAAAUGAUUUAAGACAUCCACACAUGAUUUCUGUUAAGAAUUGUUUUAUUCGUGGUUCAGUAAUUCGUUAUGUACACCUUCCAUCUGAUGGAAUUGACACUCAAUUACUUCAGGAAGCUACUCGAAAAGAAGUUUUGCAAAGUCGACAACAGGGGGGUACAUCUAAUAAAUAA